CUUAAUUCGAAGUCAGUCGUCAGCGGAUCCGUAUCGAGUUCAUUACGGGGUCGUGUGUACAUGUGUUUAUCAAUUUAAAAAUAAAAGUGCAAGUUUAAUUGGUGCUUAGGAAAACCGUAUGGGGCUCCGCACGAUGGCCAGGACAACAGAUGUUUGGCGUUUGAUUGCAGUCCUUCUAGCUCUGUUAUUAGCGGUGACAGCAACAGAUGGUAACAGUUGCAAAAAAGGAUGCCCAAAAUCUGACAAUGGCGUGUUGAACUAUACACCCGGCAAUUACUAUGAAUAUGCCUUCGACAGCAUUUUAACAAUUGGAUUAAGUUCUGGUGCCGUUAGUGAAGCCGAUGACACCAGCCUCAAGGUGACAGGGUCGGCGAAGAUAUUCGCGGAGGGAAACUGUGGGUACACGCUGCAGGUGGGCUCUGUGAAAGUUACCAACACCAAGGAGUCCGUGGAAAAAAAGAUUCUGAGUAGCAUUCAAAAGCCAGUUCACUUCACCCUCGUUAGUGGCCAGCUGGAACCGGAAAUUUGUUCAGACUCCAAUGAUGCAGCUUACUCUCUGAACAUUAAGCGAGCCAUUAUUUCCCUACUGCAAUCGGGAACCAAUUCGGAUCAUGAAAUUGACGUAUUUGGCCAGUGCCAAACUCACACAUCAUCUUCCAAAGCCGGUAAUUCAGAAGUUAUCACAAAGGUACGCGAUCUGAACAGCUGCGCCUACCGUGAGCAGAUAAACAGCGGACUGGUCUCGGGAGUUGUCAAUGAGAAAGCCGGCAUCACAUCCAGCUUGCUUUUGGAUGCCAAUUACAUUAAGGAAUUGAAGAUUGGAGGAGGCCUUAUUGAAAAUGUACAACUGGUGGAGACAUAUAAAUUUAUUGGUUCUGUCAGAGGAAACUCUGAGAUCAGUGCCAAAGCUAUCACCAGCCUUAAACUAAAAAAUCCUGCCGGUACAACGGGUAAUGCACCAGCGACUGGAGCCACUGCCAGAAGCUUACUAUUCCAGAAGCCCGAAACAUACACAUCUAAGAACAUAAAUUCACUAAAAGCCAUACUAUCGGAUCUUGUGGACUCAACCGCCGAAUAUGUGAAAAAGGACAGCGCCAAAAAAUUUGUUGAGUUUAUUAGAUUGCUCCGUCAAUCGGACAGUGACACCCUGCUGGAGCUUGCCGCAUUUCCCCACCCAAAUAAGGAAUUGGCUCGCAAGGUUUACCUAGAUGGACUGUUCCGCACCAAUACCGCCGAGUCAGCUGUUGCGAUUCUUAAACAGCUUUCAAAAUUGGGUGAAAAGGAGCAAGUUAUAGCUAUACUAUCACUAAACUUGGUGGAGUCUGUUGACAAGAAUACGCUUAAUCAAGCUGCUUCUCAAUUGUCACCCAGUGCGCAUAAGGAGCUGUACUUAUCUGUUGGUAGUUUGGUGGCCAAGUAUUGUGCGCAAUACGGAUGCCAGGCGGGAGAAAUCGACCUUAUAUCCAAAAAAUUUACAGAUAGUCUUAAGCAGUGCAAGCCAAAUACCAAGAAGGAAGAGGAACGCAUUGUAUACAUCUUGAAAGGAAUUGGUAAUGCGCGAACCCUGGCCGGCAACACUGCAGCCGCUCUAAGUGAGUGCGCCUCGACAGGGCGAUCGAAUCGUAUUCGUGUUGCAGCUUUGCAAGCCUUUUCAGCUGUUACUUGCGACCCAACGCUGCAAAAUAAAUCUUUGGAACUGCUAAAAGACCAUAAUGAAGAUUCAGAGCUGCGAAUUGAAGCCUACUUGUCAGCGAUUUCGUGCCCUAAUGCUGAUGUGGCUAACGAAAUAUCGCAAGUUGUGAACUCUGAAAAUGUUUAUCAAGUCGGUGGUUUUAUUUCAUCCAGUUUAAAGGCGAUACGAGACUCCACUGACCCCACGCGUGAGCAACAAAGAUACCAUUUGGCCAACAUUCGAGUGACUAAGAAAUUUCCGAGAAACUACAGGCGAUACAGUUUUAACAAUGAGGUUUCCUACAAACUGGAUGCACUAGGCUUAAGCGCAAGUUCAGACUACAAGCUAAUAUAUUCCCAGCAUGGAUUUCUUCCUCGCUCAUCCCGCAUUAAUGUGACUACAGAAAUCUUUGGAACCAGUUUCAAUGUGUUCGAGGCGAGCGUACGCCAAGAAAACUUAGAAAACAUUUUGGAGUACUAUUUAGGACCCAAGGGUUUGCUUAACAAAGACUUUGAUGAAAUUGUAAAGCUCAUUGAAGUAACCGGAGCUGGAGCUGGGGGUCGAGCCAGGCGUUCAAUUGUUGAUGAUGCUGCUAAAACUUCAAAAAAAUAUAAAACGUAUGGCAGUAAAAAUAAGCAAGAUCUUAAUUUAGAUUUAUCGCUAAAACUUUUCGGAUCGGAGCUGGCGUUCCUGAGUUUAGGCGACAACAUGCCAAGUACAAUGGACGAUAUCAUUAAGCAUUUCUCUGAAGCGUUUGAUAAGGCCAAGAAUGAUUUGUCUUCCUUUGAAAAGCAAUUUGCUAGUCACCAUCUAUUCCUCGAUACAGAGUUUUCGUACCCAACCGGCGUAGGCGUGCCUCUUGAACUUACAGCUCAGGGAUUCGCUGCUAACAAAAUCGACUUCGCCGUCAAUGUUGACGUAAACGCAAUUUUGGAGCAAAACUGGCAGAGAGCCAAGUACCGUCUGAAGUUUGUACCCAGUAUUGAUGUUAAUGUUAAUGUACAAAUAGGGUUCAAUGCGCAAGUACUGUCCACUGGACUUCGCGUUGCAUCUACAGCCCACUCGGCUACUGGAAAUGAUGUUACAGUAUCGCUUAUUAAUGACGGCGAGGGUUUUAAUGUUGACGUUGAACUGCCAAGAGAGAAACUAGAACUAAUUGAUAUCAAAAUUAACAGUGAAUUCUUUGUAGCAGAACAAGACAAGCAAAAGUCAGUUGCACUAAAGACUACCAAAAAAAAUAAGAAUUCACAGCCCAGCGAGAUAUGCUUUAAUCAAUUGGAAGUCGUUGGCUUGAACGUGUGCAUCGAAAGCUCGACUAGUCUCAGCGAAAUUCAAGCUGGAUCUGGUAGUGGUUCCGGAAAGGGUCAGACCCUUAUAGACCAAUUCUAUUUAUCUCGACCAUUUAGCUUUGCAAUCUAUUUAACAACAGAGCGGAAGUUUAAUUUUAAGGGUGUGCACUCAGUGCAGCCCUCCGGCAGCCAGCAGUGGAAACUGGACUACAGCACUCCCGGCUCCAAAGUUUCCCACGAUACCAGCGCAUCCUUUGAGCUUGGAUCAAAGCCACGCAUAUAUGGGCGGCUAUCUUUUGAUAAUUCUCAAUACCACUUUGGCGUAGAAACUGGAAUAACCAAUGACAAUAGCGAAUUGGUGGUCUACGGACAGUAUGAGCAGGAUAAGGAUAUAAAAAAAAGCAAAAUCGGUUUCAGGAAGAACGGAAACGAAUACAAGCCUUUGAUUGAAAUACAAGAUAAGAAUGGCGUCACGAAUAGCAUUAACGGAUACCGGGCAGACGGAAAAAUCGUCGUUCAGAAAACCAAUGACAAGCAGGCUCGGUAUAACUUUGAAAACUUUCAAGUAUCAAAUUCCAAUAACGAACGCAUCACUCUAAACGGCUGGACUGAUGUCGGCCCAAGUUCAGUAAAUGGCGAACUUCACAUCGCUUCGGGGCAGCAGUCCUACCUAGUAAAGAGUAAUUUCAAGCUGGAAAAUGGUUUGUACGCUGCGGGACUCUUCGUGAACGACGAAAGCUCUCCGGAAAAUGUAUAUGGAAGCUCCGCACAAUUGACAGUAAAGGAUCAGGCCUAUGCCCUUACAGUAACUGGAAAAGCUGCAGCAUGGAGCAUCGACAGUGAAACCGGUUUUGAGUUCGAAAAAGUAGACAACUCAAAUUCCGUACGUUCUGGUACAUUUUCACAGAAUCUAUCGGUUCAGCACAAGAAGAAGCCAGUGAGUUCAGUAAGCGUAAAGUCCACUUUUGACGUAAAUAAAUUUGAUUUCGCUGCUGUAGUCUCUGGUGACCAAAAGGUAGGAUCGGUGACCGUCAAAUAUCAAAGCAACCAACGAUCAGUAAACGAUUACGCCCUCGAGGUAAAUGGAAAACUGAACAAGCACUCCGUUGAUCUUGUAUCGAAGUGCGAACUGAACGGAAACAAUUAUGUUGUAGACAAUGCUGUCACUACUAGUUGGGGUACUUCUCUGACCGCGAAGGGUGAACUAGGCCAACGCUACACGCCCCAAGACGUUCGCAUUGAUCUUCAAGGUAACGUUCAAUUCAGGGGAAAGGACAAACCCACUCAAUGGACACUCAAGGUAAUUGGUACGCCAGACAAAACCAACAGCGAGUUUCGGGUUAGCCGAGAAGCCGCAGAGCUUCUCAAAUUGACCACUGAGUCCCAGCAUCCUCAGGACAAGGUAUCUGCGGCUAAGGUCAACCUGAUUGUAAAGAAUCUCUUUACCGCCAAAAGCGAGUUUAAGAUAGCCAAAAAUGGUAAGGGAGAGCUAACAGCCACUAUUGAGAACCAAAAGAUUGAACCCAAGCACAAGCUGGAGCUAGAGUCUAAGUUCCAUAUUCAAGCUCCUAAAUACGAUAUCGAUGCUAGCUUUACACUCGAUGGCGAAAAGAAAAUACACUUAAAAUCGGAAAACAACCUGGAUAAGCUCAAGUUCUCCACUAAAAAUACUGCGGAAGCGACCGACAAGAAACUCUCAUUUGAGGCAAAUGGUAAUGUGAAGGGUGACUGGCGAGCAAAUGGUGAAGUUCAGGGUAGCUUUGCCUUGACUACUCCUGAUGGUCGAGUAAUUGACGGUAGCAUCCAUCGCAAGGUGACAGCCAACGUCAAGACAGGAAUAACCCAAGGCAGUAUGGACGCACAGAUUAAUGACCAGCCGUCUGGCAACAAUAAUAAACGUUCGGUGACACUAAAGGGAAAGCUGGAUCGUCUGAACAUCCGGACUAAAGAAUUUUCAGCUAAUAGCCAAAUUGUUUACACAUCAUUGGAUGGAGAAAAGUCAGAGCUAAGUUAUAAGAUCAAGCAACAACCAAAAGGCGAUGGCAGGAGCCUCGACAUAACUAUUUCUGCAAAUGGUAACCCACUCAGCCAACCCAUUGAGAUCUCUGUUGUUGCGGAUGAGUACAGUACUCAACAAGCUACUGGUCGCAUUAAUGGAAAAUAUGGCGAGCUUCUGUCGGCGAAUCUAAACGGAAAUUAUCAUUGUGCACAGAACAAUAUACCAGCUACAUAUGAAUUCCAAGCUAACAUUCAAGUCCCUAAAUCCAGCCUCAAGUCAUUGACUAUUAACAGCCAUGGAAAGCUGUUAAAGCCAGGUACCACCAAUGGUGCAUUCAAUGUUGAGUUCUUCACAGAUGCGAAGACAGGUGAUGGACAAUUCGCUCGUGUCAACACCGACUGGAAGGGCACCCCACAAGAGGGAAGUUACGCCUUCGAGGCACAAAGCUCCAACAUGGCCUCUCCCCUAAAAUUCAAUGGUAACUACCAUCGCGAACAAUCUGGCAGCUUGAAGGAUGGCGACGCUAGCGGCAAUCAAAAGUACGGAUUCAAUGCACUAUAUGGAGACAAGUACUUAAAAACCGAUGCUACCCUUGCCUUCGGCUCUGAGACAGCAACUCUGGUUUAUAAAUUAGAUUCGAGCUACGAAGCGGCCAAGAACAUCGAAAUAAACAUUCGUAGUCAGAAGUCGUUAGAGGAUUCCUACGUUGUGGCUGUGCAAGCCAAACAGGCGGGUAAAUCCUAUGGAUUAGACACGAAAUUGUAUCGGUCGGCACACAAGAAAGGAAUUGAUAUUCGUGUUGACUUGUCGACUGGGCAGCCCAUUAUUCUAACAAGCAUUGUGGAAGUUUUGGGUGAGCGAAAGGGCAAAGUGAACCUGGAAAUAGAAAACCUUGCCGACCUAGACUUUAAAUUGAGCAGCGAAGCUUCGUACGUUAGCGUCGACGACUUCUAUAUUGUUGGGAGCUGGAGCUCAAAGAAAUUAAAACUUGACGGCUACGAAUUGGAUGUACGAGCCCAAGGCAAAAGCAUUAAAGCACAACUGAAGAAUAUACAAGGACUGAUAUUCUUGGGCACAGCCACCUAUGCGCUUAAAAAGGAACAGAGCAAGGCCAUCAUUGAGGGUCAAGGCCAGGUUCAAUAUCAAGGAAAAUCCCAUUCGGGAAAUUUCAAACUAACUCGUCAGCACUUUGACUUAAACACUGAUAAGGAGAUUGGCUUUUCUUACACAUUCAAUGGUAAUUUUGGAACCAAAAAUGGCGUGUCAACGUUGAAGAUAACCAACAAAGAAUUUAACACAAAGUUCUCUCUAUGCGAGGAAAAAAAACAGUGCACAAAUGUUCAACUACAGUCUAUUGUAAAUAUAGAUGAGCAACAACUGGAUUCUGUACAACACUCCUCUCUCAUUCUGGUGGAUCUACGUGAGUUGGGCUACCCAUAUGAGUUUGAAUUAAAGUCGCAGAACACACGGCAAGGAUUCAAGUACCAAUAUCAUUUAGACGGUUUCAUUAUUUCGGGAAAUAAUCUAAAGUACCAACUCACCGCAAACGUCCAACCCACAUCGUCCACCAUCAAGCUAGUACUUCCCAAGCGCCAGAUAUUGUUCGAAACCUUGCAAAAGAUACCUGAGGGUAGCAUUUUUGGUCACUACGAACAAUCAGCUGCUUUCUACAUCGAUAAGCUGCAACGCCCCGACGAUGUUGUUCGCGUUUCAGCUAUUCUAGACGUAUCGGGGGUCGAGAACGUCGCCCUUAAUGCCAAGGGUCAGCUUAAAGUUGAACAUCCCACUAUUCGUCCACUCAGUAUUUCUGGACACGUUGAUGCCAAUCGCGAGCAUCAAAUCGCGAAUGCCGAACUUGUAUUUGACAUCUUCCGGCUUUCAGAACAAAAGAUCAUUGCAUCCAGCGCCAUAAAAAAUACUCGAGCACAACAAGGUUUCAACAUUACAACCAAUCAACAGGUUAAGUCCAGUGGACUGAAGUUCCAGUAUGAAAUAAACGGUCACACAGCCAUCAACACCGAAGUUCAAGAGUUCAGUUUUGGAGUUGACCUUCACAGCGGCAACGACGGUGAUGUAAAGGGGGGAGCAUAUGUAUUUGCCAAUAAAGAAAAACUGGAGAUAUCUUUAGACGCCUUAAACACACAGAUUCUUCGAAUCGUUGGCAACUUUAACAGUCAAAAACGUUCGGCCAAUUUCAACUCUAAGCUUCAAGUUUUUGAUAAAGUACCAAUUGAAAUUGUAAGUGAGCUCCAGCCCACGUUUGCUAGAGUUUCACUGAAGCGCCAGGAUCUGAUUGAUGCGAAUACAGAAAUAAAAUUGGGAAAGGAGCUUAAAUUCGAUAUUUCUGGACGUGGCAAACCUCUUUUUAAUGGACGAGUGGCUCUAGAUGCUGCAAACUUCCUUCAAACCACUUACAAGUCUAAUGAUGAUGAUGUCAAAGCCUUCUUGCUGAUUGUUGAAGCGGAAGUGAAAAAGGACACAAAGGACAUUACUGAGAAGCUAAAGCAGCGCUUCGAAAAAUUAAGACAAGAAUCCGACCAGAUCAUAAAAUUAGCUAAGGAAGCCCAUCCAGAUUUUUCGAAACUGAAGACUAAAAUUGACGAUAAUCUAAAAACAAUUGUUCAAGAGCUGGAAACCGAUCCCUCGUUAGCACCUAUCAUCGAUGGCAUCCGCACCGUGGUUAACAAAAUCGCGACCAUUACUGAUGAGUUGGCCAAGACGACAUCAGAGUUGUACGAGAAAGUUCAGAAGUCAUUGACUGAGAUUUAUGAAAAGUUGCAAGCCCUUUGGAAUGACUCACUUUCGAAGGCAUGGGAGGACUUUGUAGUUACUGCCACUGAAUUGAUUGGUCAGCUGCGGGUUGAGAUAAUCAAUGUUUACACGAAAGCAUUCCAGGAUCUGCUGAGUCUCCUCGAAAAGUAUGGACCAGCACUGAAAAACUAUGGCAAAGCUGUCAACGAAUUCCUGAAACCAAUUAACGAGGCAGCUCAAGAAUUCAUCAAGGUGUUGGUGCAUGCGACUGAAGAAAUCAUUGAAGAGCUAAAACAGUAUGCUUCCAAAUUCCCCACAUUCGAGAGCAUACGCGCCGAGUUCAACGAAAAAAUUCAAGCUUUGAAACUGGUCGAAAAAACGUUGGAGCUCGUUAAUAAUCUGUUUGAUCAGUUGCACAUUUUACCACAAACACAAGAAACUUCAGAAUUCCUACAGAAGUUACAUGAUUAUUUAGAAGCAAAACUAAAACAAACAUCUGUCAAUGAUGAAAAGUUACUAGAUGAAUUAAGCAAGCUCUUAAUUAAGGCCAUCCGCUCAAUUUGGGCCUCGAUCGAAAGCAGCGCUCCAGGUGCUACCGCUCCAGUGGGUGAUUUGCAGACAUGGUUUGCUUCACUUCCUCACUCCGUAGAGACGCUAUCCAAGCUUCCAGCCUUACUUUCAUUCCGCUCCAGUUCUAUAAAUUAUUUGCUUAACGAGAACUGGGAACAAGUAUUUACAAAGGACUUACUAAAAUCAUGGGUGUUCUUCAAUGAUUUUGAAUUACGAGGCCAUGUCGUGGAUGGGCAGCACGUGUUUACCUUUGAUGGACAACAUUAUGCAUACCCCGGCAACUGCAAAUAUAUAUUGGCUCAGGACAGUGUGGACAAUAAUUUUACCGUCAUUGGCCAGCUUACCAAUGGAAAACUUAAGGGCAUAACAGUUGUUGAUCGGGAUGGAAACUAUGUUGAGGUCGCUGAUACUGUUGCCCUAAAGGUAAAUGGUAAGCCAGUAGAAUACCCGCAACAUUUGCCCGGAAUUCACGUAUGGCGCCGAUUCUAUACUGUACACUUAUAUUCUGAAUAUGGCGUCAAUGUUGUGUGCACUACAGACCUGAAAGUUUGCCACGUUAACGUGAACGGUUUCUAUACUGGAAAAACACGAGGUCUGCUCGGCAAUGGGAACGCUGAGCCAUACGAUGACUACUUGCAAGUUGAUGGUACCCUAGCAGCCAACUCUGCUCUGUUGGGAAACGAUUAUGGCGUUGGAAAAUGCACAGCUGUUGCAUUUAACAAUGAACAAAUAGAUAGCCAAAAACGCGAUGAAAUAUGUGAUGAGAUAUUCGGAAUAGAGUCACCUUUGGCGCUCAAUUAUUUGACAUUGGACUCUAAACCAUACCAAAAGGCGUGUGAUAUUGCUCUUGAGAAAGUUGCCGAAAAGGAUAAGGAGGCAGCUGCGUGCACAUUUGCUUUGGCAUAUGGCUCCGCCAUCAAACAGAUUAACAAGUGGGUAUUGUUGCCACCACGCUGCCUCAAGUGUACUGGUGCACUUGGCCAACGAGACCUCGGUGAUGAGUUCACAGUCAAGUUGCCAAAUACCAAGGCCGACGUCGUAUUUGUCGUUGACAUAAAUGUAACCCCCGCAGUUCUAGCCAAUCUUAUAUCACCAGCAAUCACCGAGAUUCGCGAGUCACUCAAGAACCGCGGCUUUACUGAUGUGCAAAUUGGCGUUAUUAUAUUUGAUGAGUCAAAACGAUACCCAGCCCUGCUUACAAGCGAUAACGGAAAAAUUAAUUACAAAGGAAAUGUUGCUAAUGUUCAACUCAACGGACCGAAACAAUUCUGUGACAAUUGUGUGGAGCAAAUAAUUACUGAAAAGAAAGUUCUUGACAUUUACAAUGCGCUAGAGCGUCUAGUGAAAAGUCUUGUUCCCCAGUCGGAUGAAAAGGCCUUCCAUCUGGCCCUAGACUAUCCAUUCCGGGCUGGUGCUGCGAAGAGCAUUAUUGGAGUGCGCAGUGACUCUCUAGAAUAUAAAAAUUGGUGGAAGUUUGUACGAGCUCAAAUAACUGAAGGAGUCACCAAGUUUGAUGGUGCCCUUCUCCAUCUCGUAGCACCAGUAAAAUCGCUUGCAUUGGAGGGAGUAACAGCCGAAAAAUUAGUUGGCUUUAAUUCUCGCUUAGUUGCCACUUUAGAUGGCAAAGAUAACAAGAAGCGUACCAAGCUCCAAUUUGAAAGUGACAUGGGCAUUGAUUUUGUUCUCAACAAUGGUGGCUGGGUGUUUGCCACUCAAAACUUUGACAAUUUAAAGGCACCCGAGCAAAGGAAAUUCUUGAACCAAAUUACAUCGUCUAUUGCAGAUACUCUCUUCAAGACCGAGGUCGUUAGUGAUUGUCGCUGCCUACCGGUUCAUGGACUACACGGCCAGCAUAAAUGUGUCAUCAAAUCGUCGAGCUUUAUCCCGAAUAAGAAGCCAAAGGCCGCCUAAAAUGUCAACUUUACGUUCGCCCAUAAAUAUGUUUAUAAUUUUUUACGUAAACUGUAGAAUGUAAAUCAAAAAAAAUAAGUUAUUAAAAAUGUA